UUGUUCUCUCUUUACUAAGGAGCCAGCAGGAAUCCUGCCAACUGGAGAGAAUAGCAGAUGGAGCAAACAACUGGAAGUGAAUCUGUUGGUAUGCCCACGAUGAAGGUGGGCAUAGAGAACUCUGGAACAGAGCUCUUGGAAGACGGAAUAAAUCUGGAGGAAACCAGGAGGACUGUAGAGCAAGGAAACAGCUUUGGGAAUGGACUGGGACCUCCCGAUCACCAUAGGAAGCUACAGCCUUUCACCAGGGCAAGAAGUUUCUACAAAACACAUGCUGGCUUAUUCAAGAAGAUUCUGCAGAUCCUGUUGUGUUUGGCUUAUGCUGCUUACUUCCUGAUAGCCUGCAUAAUGGAUUUCCAAAGGGCCCUGGCCUUGUUUGUCCUUACCUGUUUUGUGCUCUUGGUCCUGGUUCACCACUACCUGAAAAAGUUCUUUGGUAAAAAAAUAACUUGUUCUCUGAAGCCCUUUAAAAACCCCUGCCUGAAGCUUUGGAUGAAACGGGUGUUCGCAGGAAUUGCUUUGAUUGGCCUUAUCCUGUGGUUGGCCCUAGACACAGCCCGAAGGCCAGAACAGCUGAUCUCCUUCGCAGGAAUCUGCAUGUUUGUUCUCAUCCUCUUUGCCUGCUCCAGACACCACAGUGCAGUGUCCUGGAGGACAGUGCUUUGGGGCCUGGGUCUUCAGUUUGUCCUUGGGAUUUUGGUCAUUAGAACUGAUGUUGGAUUUAAUGCAUUUCAAUGGCUGGGAGACCAGGUUCAGAUUUUCCUGAACUACACUGUGGAGGGCUCCAGUUUUGUCUUUGGUGACGUGCUGGUCAAGGAUGUCUUUGCUUUUCAGUCCUUACCAAUUAUCAUUUUCUUUGGAUGUGUGAUGUCCAUUCUCUACUACCUGGGCCUUGUUCAGUGGGUAAUCCAGAAGGUUGCCUGGUUUUUGCAAAUCACCAUGGGCACUACUGCCACAGAGACCUUGGCUGUGGCAGGAAACAUCUUUGUGGGUAUGACAGAGGUACCUCUGCUUAUCAGGCCAUACUUGGCAGACCUGACAGUCUCUGAAAUCCAUGCAGUGAUGACAGGAGGUUUUGCCACCAUUUCUGGCACUGUGUUGGGAGCCUUCAUAUCCUUUGGGAUUGAUGCGUCAUCCUUGAUUUCUGCCUCUGUGAUGGCUGCCCCUUCUGCUCUCGCCUUAUCAAAGCUGGUAUAUCCAGAAGUGGAGGAGUCCAAGUUCAAGAAUAAGGAGGGGGUAAAACUACCUCGUGGGAAGGAGAAGAAUGUCCUGGAAGCUGCCAGCAAUGGAGCCUCAGAUGCUAUAGGCCUUGCUGCUAAUGUAGCAGCCAAUCUGAUUGCCUUUUUGGCUGUGUUGGCCUUCAUCAAUGCUGCCCUAUCCUGGCUAGGGCAAUUGGUAGACAUUGAGGGACUGACUUUCCAGGUGAUCUGUUCCUACAUCUUAAGGCCCAUGGUCUUCAUGAUGGGUGUAGACUGGGCAGACUGUCCAGUGGUAGCUGAGUUGGUGGGGAUCAAGUUCUUCAUCAAUGAGUUUGUGGCCUAUCAGAAACUAUCUGAAUACAAGAAUAGACGUCUUUCUGGAAUAGAAGAGUGGCUCAACGGUCAGAAACAGUGGAUUUCUGUGAGAGCUGAAAUCAUCGCAACGUUUUCACUCUGUGGGUUUGCCAAUCUUAGUUCCAUAGGAAUCACACUAGGGGGCUUGACCUCAAUGGUGCCCCAUCGGAAGAGUGACUUUUCCAAGGUUGUAAUCAGUGCCCUCUUGACAGGGGCUUGUGUGUCCCUUAUUAGUGCUUGUAUGGCAGGAGUUCUCUAUGUCCCCAGAGGAGCUGAAACUGACUGUGUCUCCUUCCUAAUUACAACUUUCUCCAAUAAAACCUAUGAGAGCUAUGUGUGCUGCCAAGAACUCUUUCAGAGUACUUCUCUGAAUGGCACCAACACUCCUUCUUUUUCUGGUCCCUGGGAAGAUAAAGAGCACAGUGCCAGGGCCUUUGCUAACUGUUGUGGAUUCUACAACAAUACUCUCUGCGGUGAAGCUGGUCUAUUUCCAUGGCAAUUUUGA